AGGCUCUUGAAGUAGCCCAAUACAGAGCACACUAUAUUUUAUCUCUCGAUUCAUUGGUUAGUUCUUUUUUUCUGUCCCUGUCCCUGUCUCUGUCUCUGUCUACUCCGUUUCGAAAACCCUGUGAUGACGUAAUCUCUGCCAUGGUCAUGCUUAUUGCUUAACGCUUCGCUUUGUUACCUGCAAGCAAAUAAACUAAUUUAAGAUAUCUGUAUUCUAGGAGUCAAAUGAUUUCGGGGAGCAAAAGGAAACGCAGCCUAGGGGAUAAUCUCGACUGUGUUCGAGAGGCUGCUAGGCUGAAAGAAACUCCAGGCGAAAAAGAUUCAGAUGAAAUGGACACAAGUGAUGAUGGAUCCGUGGAUCGUAUCUCACAAUUUCCUGAUCAUGUCAUCCAUCACAUUCUAUCACACCUUCGUAACGUGAACGAUGCAAUCCGAACCAGUGUUUUGUCCAAGAGAUGGAGAGAACUGUGGUAUUCUUAUUCUGUUUUGAUUUUUGAUGAAAGAAAGUUUGCUGCAAAAAUUGGACAUGAAGAUAGCAGUAAUAAGGGAAUGAUGUUUAGAGAUUAUGUAUCUAAUUCUCUUCUUACCAGCAAUGCAAAAAAUUUGCAAAUACGGAAAUUGGUGUUGCACAUGACCUCCUUUGACUUAUUAGAAGAUGCCCCAUGUCUGGAACUUUGGCUAAAUAUUGCUAUCUACAGAAACAUCAAAGAACUAGAUCUCCAUGUUGGCAUCAAGAAUGGCGAGUGCUAUACUUUACCACAAACUGUCUUUUCAUCCAAAACAUUGACUGGCAUAAGGUUAAGUGGUUGCAAACUGGGAACUUGCAAUAAUAUAAAGCUUCCUUAUCUGCAGAAGCUUUAUCUGCGCAAAAUUCCCUUGGUUGAGAACUUUAUUCAAAAUCUUAUUUCCUGCUGUCAUUCAGUUGAGGAUUUAAGAAUCAUAAAGUGCUCAGGUUUGAAGCAUUUGCAUGUUUCAAAUCUCAUUCGACUCAAAAGGGCUGAGAUCCACCACUGCAUUCAACUGAAGAAGGUUGAGAUCAGUGCUCCUAAUCUUGACACAUUUUGGUAUUGUGGCAAGAAAACAAGUCCCUGUAAAGUUAGUUUGGAGGGGUGCACAUCUCUGAAAAGGUUGACAUUGGAGCAUCCCCAAGUGACUCGUGAUUUUUGUGAAAAUCAGUUCUCCAAUUUUCCCUUACUUGAAAAAUUGGAUUUAAGUAUGUCCAAUAAUAAGAGUAGAUUCAUUAUUAUUUCAAAUCCUCAUCUUGAGAAAUUCACUUUGAAAGGAUGCAAGAAACUGGGUAUUGUUUUAGUAGAGGCUCCUAAUCUUUUGUCUUUUGAGUGCAAGGGUGAGACUAUGCCCUGGGUUGAGAUUCACCCUUUCGGACUCACACAGGCCAAGCUUUCUUUUGUACCUAAAUCUGAACCUAGAGUUGUUGGAUAUGGUGACAAGAUUUGGAUUAGGAUGAAAUCAUUCAUUCAAAAGUUCAAUCGUGAACGAUUUAAAUUGGUUCUCUAUUCUAAUAAGAGUAUUGUUAUUCAUGAAGAUUUGAACAACGUCAUAUUGCCUCCAGUGCCUGACCUCGGCUGUGAAAUUAUCAAUUCAUCAGCAUGCAUUGAUGAUGCUUUGAAUAGUUUGUUACGGAAAUUGCACCCAGUGACUCUAUCUAUAAUUUCUCCCACCGACAGUAAAUUCCCCAAGGAAGGAAAAAGUAGGAAGAGGAGCAUAAUAUUGGGACCAUGGGGAGGCAAUGGUGGAAAUAGCUGGGAUGAUGGAACCUUCACAGGGGUGAGAGAAAUCAAACUAGUUUAUGGUCAUUGUAUAGACUCAAUCCAGGUGGUUUAUGAUAGGAAUGGCAAGCCUUUAACAGCUAAAAAACAUGGAGGAGUUGGAGGUAACAAAACAGCUGAGAUUAAGCUGCAAUUCCCAGAUGAGUUCUUGGUCAGUGUGAGUGGCCACUACUGUCCAGUUGUUCGUGGAGGCACCCCCGUCAUUCUAUCAUUGACAUUCAAGAGCAACCGCAAAACCUUUGGACCCUAUGGAGUUGAAGAAGGGACUCCAUUCACUUUUUCAAUAGAUGGAGGCUGUGUUGUGGGUUUUAAGGGGCGAAGUGAUUGGUAUUUGGAUGCAAUUGCUUUCACUUUGUGUAAUACACGAUCAAAGUCGCUGCUUCAGAAGGUUCAGAGGGGCUUGUUCUGGUUAACAAGCACUGCUCCAAAAUCUUCAUCCUCCAAGGAUGGCUAGAAGACCAACAAAAUUGAGAGUUCUCUAUGUAUAAUGUACUGGAAGAGUGUAGAUUUCUGAUACAGUUGUGCUUCUUCAGAUCUUUCAUUUUUGUUUACUAGCUUUAUCAGGAAACGCAUAGUUUUUGAGUGAACUAUAUUAUGAUUGUAAUGAGGAUAUUGUCUUCUUAGCCAACAAGCCAUAAAAAAAUGUUAAUUGACUAUAUAUAAUACACACACACGAGGAGGUGGGUCUCAUUUUCGGCAAAUAAGGGAGGUGGAGACAGAUUCACUCACUUUGUCGCCCCUAAUGUUUAAUGUGCUGAAUAGCAUACCAUGUUUGAUAGUCU